AUGCCCAAGAAGUUCCAAGGUGAAAAUACCAAGUCGGCUGCUGCCCGCGCGAGGAAAGCUGAGGCAACCGAUGCCAAGCGUCAGCAGGAGCUGGAAGAUGCCUACUGGAAGGAUGAAGACAAACACGUGAUGAGGAAGGAGCAAAGGAAGGAGGAGAGGGAGAAGCGGCGGCUGGAGCAGCUGGAGCGCAAGAAGGAGCUGCAGCGUCUGCUGGAGGAGGAGGACUCCAAGCUGAAGGGGAAGUCGCCCAAGCAGGUCACUCCGGGCAAAGUCACCAGGGCCCAGAUCGAGGAGACCAUCAAAAAAGACCAACAGCAGAAGGAGAACGCAGAGACAGUGGAGAAGGAGAAGACCCACUUGGAGGUCCCCUUGGAGGAGAACAUCAACAGGAGGGUGCUGGAGGAGGGAUCGGUGGAGGCCAGGACGAUUGAAGAUGCCAUUGCCGUCCUCGGCGUUGCCAGCGACCCGGACCGGCACCCUGAGCGCCGGAUGAAAGCUGCCUUCACGGCUUUUGAAGAGGUCAACCUGCCCCGCCUGAAGCAAGAGAACCCCAACAUGCGCCUCUCCCAGCUCAAGCAGCUCCUCAAGAAGGAGUGGAUGAAGUCUCCGGAGAACCCCAUGAACCAGAGGCACAAAGCUUACAACAGCCAGAAGUAG